GUAUCUCUCAGAUCGCACCUCUAUUCAUCUAAGAAAUGGAAUCCCAGAUCAAACAUGCUGUGGUGGUCAAAGUAAUGGGCCGAACUGGAUCGAGAGGGCAGGUGACUCAAGUGAGAGUCAAGUUUCUCGACGAUCAGAAUCGUUACAUCAUGAGGAAUGUCAAGGGACCUGUAAGGGAAGGUGACAUUCUUACCCUUCUGGAGUCUGAGAGAGAAGCAAGGAGAUUGCGUUGAGGACAUCGUCCCGAUCUUGGUUCUCUGUGUUGCAGCUACUGGUGAUUUGAUUAUCCUUCUCAUUACACACUCUAGAUAUAGAAUGAUGUCUCUUAUCAAUUUUCCCUCUCUUGGUUACUAGCAUGUUAUCUCAGUUCGAUUCUAGGGUAGAAUGUUUGAACUUUAUUUGGAUUGUCAAACAAUUUUAGUAUUCUAAUUUAGGGUGUCUACGCAAAGGGCCUUGUUUAUUUGGACUUUUCAUUUGUAUUAAAUUACUGGUUGAAAAAUUUGGAUUUUUGAAGA